AUGCCACCAGGACGGCCCAAGAAAGACGUGGAGUCGCACAAGGAGUUCAUCCUCCACCUUCAUGACCAGAACAAGGAGUACAAAGAGAUCUUACGACGUCUAUCUACUCAGCGCGGCUUUCACAUCAGUAAGAAUGUGCUCGAGCAACACCUGCGGAUAUGGGCCAAGAAACGCUACGAUAAACCAGAGUGCAGGGACGAGACACUCCGCCAACUUAUCUUCGGACAGUCCCCCUCCGACAGUCCCCCGUCCACACUAAUGUGGCUCCCGCGCACGAUCUACACGUUAAGCUUUCGGCCCCACCUAAUUUUAAUGAGGGGUUACGCCAGCCUGUUCAUCCGAAUAUAA